UAAAAUGCAAUAACGUAUGUCAAGUGUUUAGUGCUGUGGUCAGCCCCUCAUGAGAGCUAUAAAUCCUGUCUGUGCUGUUCUCGCAGAAAGGCGUGUGCAGUGUGUGCAUGUGCACCUAUGCGUAUGAGUGGGUGAGGGCCGGGGGUGUCUGUGAGGGGGAUGUGGCUAUCCUCGAAGAUGUCCGGGUAUAAAGGAGCUCAGAGUCUCUGUGAGGUACGUCCAAGAAUGUGUCAGGAAGGCUGUGUGGAUCUGGGUGUAGGCCCAGGGAGCCAUUUGCAAUGGGUUGGUGUCUUCCUGUGAGAAGACCUCAUUCUCACCCUGUAACCUUUGUUUUCUUCUUACACUCAUCUGUCCCCUCAGCGCCUGAAAUCCCUUCCUUCCCUGGGCCCUGGAUGCCCCCAUCUCCACUUAUAUCCUCUCUCUGGCCCUGACCAGCCCUCAGUGUCCUGGGGCCUUUCAGACACAGUGGCUGCACCCCAGGGGAGGGGUUCUGAGGUGAAGAUCUCAGCAAUGGCUUAGUGAACACAGGCUAUUUUAGUUCUCACCACAGCAGCCCUCGCAGUUCGCCAGAUGGGUGUCACUCCCCUACACACACUGGAGAACAGUUACAGUGAAGAGUGAAAGGGGCUGGCGGGUGGAGAGGAAAGAUUAGGACACCGAUGUGACAGAGUCAUUGGCGAGGCGGCUGGAUCCGGUAGAGCUAGGAAGGCUUCCUGGAAGAGGUCUCUGGCCCCUCCCGAGGACCAUGCCGCAGCCCUGCUGACCCAGCAGUAGGGGCCUGAGGGGCACCUGGAAUGGGCUGUGUGUUCUGCAAGAAGUUGGAGCCAGGGCUCAAGGAGGAUGUUGGCCUGGAAAGUGACUUCAGGGGCAGUGGGGCCGCGGACCGCUAUGGCCCUGACCCGACUCAGGCCCGGACCGUGUCCUCCUUUGCCCAUAUCCCCAACUACAACUUCUCCACUCAGUCCACCAGCCCCGCCUUUCUCGAUGGGAGCACCAUCAGGGGCAUCUCAGGGACUGGGGUGACCCUAUUCGUCGCCCUGUAUGACUAUGAGGCCCGGACAGAGGAUGACCUCCCCUUCACCAAGGGUGAGAAGUUCCACAUCCUGAACAACACUGAGGGUGACUGGUGGGAAGCUCGUUCUCUCAGCUCCGGACAAACUGGCUAUAUUCCCAGCAACUACGUGGCCCCUGUGGAUUCCAUCCAGGCUGAAGAGUGGUACUUUGGAAAGAUCGGGAGGAAGGAUGCGGAGAGGCAGCUGCUCUCCCCCGGGAACCCCCGAGGGGCCUUUCUUAUUCGUGAGAGUGAGACUACCAAAGGUGGCUACUCCCUGUCCAUCCGGGAUUGGGACCAGGCCAGAGGCGACCAUGUGAAGCAUUACAAAGUCCGCAAGCUGGAUACGGGUGGCUACUACAUCACCACACGGGCCCAGUUCGACUCCGUGCAGGAGCUGGUGCAGCACUACAUUGAGGUAAACGACGGGCUAUGCCACCUGCUCACAGUGGCCUGCACCACCAUGAAGCCGCAGACAAUAGGCCUGGCCAAGGACGCUUGGGAGAUCAGCCGCAGCUCCAUCGCGCUCGAGCGCCGGCUGGGCACCGGCUGCUUCGGGGACGUGUGGCUGGGCAUGUGGAACGGCAGCACGAAGGUGGCGGUGAAGACCCUGAAGCCGGGAACCAUGUCCCCGAAGGCCUUCCUGGCGGAGGCGCAGAUCAUGAAGAUGCUGAGGCACGACAAGCUGGUGCAGCUGUACGCCGUGGUGUCGGAGGAGCCCAUCUACAUCGUGACCGAAUUCAUGUGCCACGGUAGCUUGCUGGAGUUCCUUAAGGACCGGGAAGGCCAGGAUUUGACACUGCCCCAGUUGGUGGACAUGGCAGCCCAGGUGGCUGAGGGCAUGGCCUACAUGGAACGCAUGAACUACAUCCACCGUGACCUGAGGGCAGCCAACAUCCUUGUUGGGGAACGGCUGGUGUGCAAGAUUGCUGACUUCGGGCUGGCCCGUCUCAUUGAGGAUGAUGAGUACAACCCCCAGCAAGGGGCCAAGUUCCCCAUCAAGUGGACAGCCCCGGAGGCUGCUCUCUUUGGCAGAUUCACCAUCAAGUCAGAUGUGUGGUCCUUUGGGAUCCUGCUCACUGAACUCAUCAGCAAGGGCCGAGUACCCUACCCAGGCAUGAAUAACCGGGAAGUGUUGGAACAGGUGGAGCAUGGCUACCACAUGCCGUGCCCACCAGGCUGCCCAGCAUCCCUGUACGAAGUCAUGGAGCAGACCUGGCGUCUGGACCCAGAGGAGAGGCCCACCUUCGAGUACCUGCAGUCCUUCCUUGAGGACUACUUCACCUCCACAGAACCCCAGUACCAGCCUGGGGAUCAGACAUAGCCUGUUUGGGCAUUCACCGCUUUUCUGGGGUGCCCACCAAUCCCUUCCAGUCCCCAGGGCUCUGGUCCCAAAGCCCCCAGGCUUAGAACCCUAUAGGAUCCUAGCAUGUCAGAACAAGCAGGUUGCUCUGACAUCACCUAGGGCACCCCACUCUUUUUAAAGAUGGGGCCAUUUCAGGCUUAGAGAUCAUCCCUGACUCUGGCCCUAAGCACUAUUUCUCCCCUUCCCACUUAGGCUCCUACCUCUAGACUCUCUUCCCACCUCUCCCCCAAAAGAAAUGCUCAGACUUUGUCUAGUUAUUUAUAAAAUUGUAUAUCCUUUCCAUCACUCACCUCCUAUCCCUGCUUUUUUACCGUAUCAUCCCAUCCUGAGUUCACUUCCUAGUCAGUUCUCUUGCGUCUGUAAGUUGCAAAGACAGGGAAGGUUUUUGCUGGAUCCCUUUCUUGCUGGGUGGACGCUGUGGUCUGGGCCUGGGGUCCAAGCCCAGGGUGAGGGAGAGGCUUGCUGAGGACCCACCGCCUCUCUGAAUCACGUGUGUGUUUAUUGCUUUUUGUAAAUAAGAAAAGUGACGAUAUGAAUCCUUGAGCCAUGAAAAUCCCUUCUGUUAGAGGGAACGGUGGCCAGAGGAAGAUGAGUGUGAUUGCUCUGGCUGCUGGGAGGAGGGGGAGGUGAAAGCGUGCCCUAAUGCCUACUGAACACAGGGAACUCACAGUGUGUUUGGGGGUACCCGGAAGUCCUGAGGCUUGUCCCCAUGUGAGUUUAGGACAGGUUGAGAGAUGGAUGCAGAAGAUAGGCAACUGGAGCUCAAAAUGUCCCCUUCGUUACUAAAGUGGCUUUCAGACUGUGUGCCAUGGGUUUGUUAAUUCCCUACUUGAUUUCAGCAGAUACAUCCUUCAUCACUGGCACAAGAGCAGAACCUAUUAGGCCUCUCUUUACAGGGGCAGUGGAGAAGACCACAGUGGACUCUCUGCAGCUCCCCAAGAAAAAGACAGAAGGGCGGGGCAGGGAGAGAGGUCUGAGAGCUAGUCUAGCUCAUUGGAUUUCACUCCAGGCAACUCUGACCCCUAGAGGGUUUUGGAGGGGAUUGAAGGUUGGGUCACAGGACUGGGGGCUCCUAUUGGCAUGUAGUGAGACAGGGAUUGGGGGUAUUAAACAACUCGCCAGGCACCUGAGCAAUGAAGAAUUGUCCCAUGUCCUUGCUGCUGCUGUGAGAGACUCUGGCCACUGAUGUGCCUCCAGGUGGAAACAAAAGGAACAGGAAUAAGGGUUCCCACCUGUCCCAUCAGGAGGUCGUGGACUGCUGACUUCUGAAGGGAAUGGACAGGGUUGGGGGUAGGGAAGAGUCUGGGAGCUAGGAGUCACUGCUGCAACUGGCAGACAAUUACUAAGCAUUAACUCUGGGAAGGUCCCUUUGCUAGGCAGGACCCCAGACCUGUCUCUGUCCUGGAGGAGUUCACAGCCAGGAUGGGGAGAAAAAGGAAUAAUAAUAACUCACUUAUUAAGCA